ACCGUGUCACUGUUUGUUGUGGGUAUUGUGGUUUUAGUUAGAGUAUCCGGUUGCGAAGAAAAACGUUCAGACGCAGUACUUUCCACUUAUCUUCACCUUUCAGUUCGCCGUCGCCGUUCUAUUGUGCGGCGGUUCUUAGGUUUGAGAAUGGCAGAAGAAGCAGUUCUUGGUUACCUGCAAAACAACGAUGAGAUUAAUGAUUCAGGUGAAUUUGCAGCUGAACGUGGCAUUGACCACAACGAAAUCGUCAAUGUCGUCAAGAGUCUUCACGGUUUCAGAUACGUCGAUGCUGUGGAUAUUAAGAGGGAGACAUGGGUGUUAACUGAUGAAGGAAACACUUAUGCUACUUUGGGAUCCCCCGAAUUUCAACUAAUUUUGGCUAUUCCGCCCGAAGGUAUCUCCAGAGAUGAACUUCAGAAAAAGCUGGGUCCUUCAGUCUUCAAGAUAGCUUGUGCACAGGCUGCUAAGAAUAAAUGGGUGGAGAUGGGAAAACAACUCAUAUCUAGGAAGGUCCAAGAUGUGGAAGAUAGAGUCAAAAAUCUGCUUCUUCAAAUACAACAGGGGCAGGGCAUUGGUUCAGAUGAUAUCAAAGCACUCAAAGCUAGAAAGCUUAUUGUUCCACAGACAUGGAAGGGUUACUCUGUGAAAAAGGGUCCUAACUAUGCUCCAAAAAGAAAGAAGGUUGUCACUGAUUUAACUCGAGAUAACUUUCAGAGUGGGGAGUGGAAGGAAAUAGAGUUCAAAGAGUACAACUACACUGCUAAAGGUCAGCCUCUUGAAGGUGGCAGUCUUCAUCCACUAUUAAAGGUACGGGCUCAAAUAAAACAGAUUUUCCACUGUAUGGGGUUUGAGGAGAUGCCCACAAAUAAUUAUGUUGAAAGCAGUUUCUGGAACUUUGAUUCCUUGUUCCAGCCCCAACAACAUCCUGCUCGUGAUUCACAUGACACAUUCUUUUUGGAAGCUCCUUCAACAACAAAGAAAUUGCCUGAAGAUUAUGUUCAGCGGGUGAAGCAAAUUCAUGAAUCUGGUGGAUAUGAGUCUAGGGGAUAUGCAUAUGACUGGAAAAGAGAGGAAGCAAAUAAAAACCUUCUGCGGACCCACACAACUGCUGUUUCUUCCCGGAUGCUUUACCAGCUGGCACAGAAACCAUUUUCUCCAAAAAAAUAUUUCUCUAUAGAUCGUGUAUUCCGAAAUGAAGCAGUGGACCGUACACAUCUUGCUGAGUUCCAUCAGAUAGAAGGCCUUGUAUGUGAUCGAGGACUCACUCUCUGUGACUUAAUAGGAGUUCUACAUGAUUUCUUCUCACGCUUAGGCAUGACCAAGCUGAAAUUCAAACCUGCUUACAAUCCAUACACAGAACCUAGCAUGGAGAUUUUCAGUUAUCAUGAAGGCUUCAAAAAAUGGGUAGAAGUAGGAAACUCUGGCAUGUUCAGACCUGAAAUGUUGCGGCCGAUGGGACUUCCUGAAGAUGUCCAAGUUAUUGCAUGGGGACUUUCUCUUGAAAGGCCAACAAUGAUAAUGUAUGGGAUAGAUAACAUCAGAGAUCUCUUCGGCCACAAGGUGGAUCUUGGACUUAUCAAGAAAAAUUCAAUAUGUCGACUUGGAAUUGAAUGAAGUGGUCCAUUAUGUCUGAUAUAUUUGUUGUCGUUCAUACUUAUUUGUCUCUAAUAUCAAGCAAUACAUGCGGAUUAGUUCGAUUUCUGUUCGAUAAAUUUUGAUUGUGGUAAUAGCAUUUUUCAUUUGGUAGGGAAAUAUUGACAUGGGAAAGUUUCCCCUUUGCAAUUUCUGUUGGUUUGAACAAAUUAUGAUAGUGAAAAGUAACACAUUAUCAGCUGUGUUUUAACCUUUUACCUA